AUGGCGGAAACAUUUGGAGUGGAAGAAGCUGUUGAGUGUAUUUUUAGGGCAGAUAAGUCAGGCGAGGAACAAAAAAGUGAUGCAGACAUCGGAUGCCGGGAACAAAUAAGCAAAUCUGAACCAAACGGAAUUGGAAUAGAAAAAAUUCUUCAAACUACCUAUAUAAACGCGGCUUGUGUACUUAAACACGAGUCCCAACUGUGGCUGGUCGCUAUCCAGAGAUGGCUCGCUGGGAGAAGAAGUGUGAGACAUCCAUAUUAUGCAGAAUUUUAUCGCGACAUUCCAGUUGACCUUUUUACUGCACUGUCUCACUCCAUCAAAGUUUCAAACGAUCCAUAA